GAAGCCGCUGAGUGGAUGGCGGCGGCGGGCAGCUCGGGCCCGGCCGGCCCUGGGGUGCUGGGGGCGGCCGGCUGGGACGGGGACUUCCUGGCGCGGUACCGGCUGGUGUCGGCCAAGCUGCGGAAGCGGUUCCUGCGGAAGCCGAACGUGUCGGAGGCGGCGGAGCAGUUCGGGGUGCUGGCCCGGGAGCUGCGGGCCCAGGAGAGCCUUCCCUACGCCGCCUGGUGCCAGCUGGCCGUGGCCCGCUGCGCCCAGAGCCUCUUCCACGGGCCCGGCGAGGCGCAGGCCCUGACCGAGGCCGCGCGCCUCUUCCUGCGCCAGGAGCGGGACCUGCAGCAGCGGCUGAGCCUGAGCGGCGGCUUCGCUGAGCAUCUGCAGGCCUCGCAUAGCUGCUUCGCCUUCGCCGCCCGCCUGCACCUGGAACUGGGGCAGCCGGCGCUGGCUGCAGGGCUCUGCCUGGAGCUGGGCUCGGCGUUGCGGGACAUGGAGCAGCCCGGCCCAGCCGCCCCACACUUCCAGCGUGCUGCCGAGCUGCUGGCGGCCGCUGAGCUGCCCCUGGAGGCGCUGCGCUGCCUGGGCGAGCUGGCCUCCUGUCUGUUGCUCACCCGCGACUACGAAGGGGCCCUGGCUGUGCUCACCCAGGCGCAGCUGCUGGCCCAGGCCGGGCCCAGCCCACCCAGCGGCGCCUUCCUAGAGGUGUUGGUGCGUUGCGAGGUGUCCCGGGUGCUACUGCUUCUGCUGCUUCAGCCGCCGCUACCCAAGCUGCUGCCUGAGCAUGCCCAGACCCUGGAGAAAUACUGCUGGGAGGCCUUCGAGAGUGGGGCGGGAGCUGGGCAACUCCCCCAGGCAGGGUAUCUGCCCCCGGGCCUCUUCCUCCUGCUGCAGUCCACUGUCAUGGCCUGUCAGGAGAAGGACCUGGAGGCACUCAAAGUGCUGCAGGCCGAGCUCUGGCCGCUGCUCAGCCCCGAGCAGAACCACCUGCUCCACCUGGUGCUUCAAGAGAUGAUCAGCCCCUCUGGGCAGGGGGCCUAGUUCCCCCACUCAGACUGGCUUCAGUUGCCUGUUGCCACUUCCAUAGGGGAGAGGCCUGCCCCACCCACCUGCUGCUGCCUCAGUGGGACUCUGAGUCCCCCCCCCCCCCAAACCAGCAUCACCAGGGAGAUAGGCCUUGCCCACCUUCAGCUGCCAUCUCUAUGGCAUCUCUGCACCAUCUGCCAUCUCCACAGAGACUAACUGCACCUUCACUGAUCUGUUGCUAUCUCCCUCAUAUAACCUGAAACCCUCAGCAAGCAGUAAUGCAACCUAUUGCAACCAUCCACAGGAGAGAUGAGCCCCAUCUGCUACCACGGGGAAUGGCCUUCCCCUCUGCUGCCAGCCACAGGAGUCUAAUCCCUACCCUGCAUCACCACCAGCAUGACUUGUUUCAACCACCAUGGGAUUCUGUUUCCCACAGUAGCCAUAUAGAGGGUUUUUCCAUUUUGGCCCAUCACCACUACACAGCCUUGGUUCAUCUCUCUGCUACCAUCCGCAUGUAGGAAAGGACUAUGUGAGCUAGAGACUAUUUUCCCAUUGGGGACAAGGAACUUGGACAUGCCAACACUUCCUAUUUACUACUACUAGUUAUAGAGAUCUUUCCUUUUUCAGCCCCAGUGCAGCCUCUUUGCCAUUCUCCUCUCACUCACAGAUUCAAGACACCUGCUACUGCAGGAGAUGAUCCAUUAGAAACUGUAUGUAUGCUACUACAGUUUGAGGUAGUAAGAGGUGGGAUUCUUGCCAUUUUUUAUGAAAAGACUGCAAAUGGCACUCAUUUUCCAAACAGUCCACAAAUGCCAGGAUUCAGUCUUUUAGUUUAAAAUUCUCACAUUUGGAGAUGUAAUGACUAGUGCAUUUUUUCUGUAUCAGUGUAAUUCACAUGUGAGCAAGCUGGUAAAAAUACCAGUUUCUGUUUAAAGUGCUAAGUUUAAAAAAAGUAACUAAACUCGUAACUCUUUCCAUUUAAAAACUAAAUUGGAAGCUAAAGUUUUAUUCUGUACCUUCUGCUCCAGAUUCUGUUUCAAUGUUGGUAUCUGUUGCCUAAGAAUUGUACUUUCUAACUACCUGGCUCUUGGUCCUAGUUCUUGCUCUGUUAAUAAAUGCUAUAGAUAGAACUCUCGAGACACCAAUGUAUCCUGAAGCCUUGUAGUUCUUUAAGAUGUAAUUCAAUAAAUAUUGUAGACUUUUAAAA